AUGGAUAAUCCGGUUUUUUUGGAUGAAGAAAUUCCAUUUGUUGAAUCAGGUGUUUAUGAAAUCGAUGAAGCAACCGGCGGAGGUCAUGGUACAACAACAACACUUGGACAUGGAAAUAUUAUAUCACUUAAUCAUCAAACACAUCAUUUUCAAGAUGAUCCAAUGUGGUCAACAACUGUACCAGUUAAACGUGGACGACGACCAAAAUCAACAGCUGUUGUUAUAACAACAUCUUCAUCAUCAAUACAAAAACCUGAACCUAAACGACGAGGACGAAAACCAAAACAAGAAAUUCUGUCACCGACGAAAUCUCUAUCAUCAUCAAUGAAUAAUAAUAAUGAUUUGAAUGAUAUUCUUUCGGAAUCAACAGAGGAUAUUAGUCAAAAACAACAACGUCGUUCAACUACAGGAGCAAAAUCAAAUAAAAAACUUAAAAAUGAAGAACAACAACUUUCUGACGAUAUUGGUUUGCGUUCAAAACGUUCUAUAAAAACUUUAUCACAACAAAAUUCUCAAUCAAUUCUUUCUAAUUCAACAACAAAUCAACUUCCAAUAACAAGCAAUAGUUCAGCGAAAUUGAAUCUUGGAACAACUGGUAAUAUAGUUAUUAUGGGUAGUACUAGUAGAGAUAAUAAAUCAAUUAAUAAUAAUGCAACAACAGCAUCAUAUGAUCAAGCAGCUAUAUUACAAGCACUUCGUCAAGCAGGUGUUAAUCCAUUACAUCAUGAUCCAACUGGAGAUGAUUCAGAUACAGAUUCUAAUGAUGAAAGUGGAUCUGAUGAUGAAUCAAUGGAUAGUGAUAAUGGAAAUAAUCAAUUAUCAGAUAUGGAUGAUUUAAUUAAUACAGCAUCACAAGGACGAACAAAUCGACAAUUAACAAAAAAUGCGAAUCGAAAAAAAUCUUCCACAACGCGUCGUUCAACAACAACAAAUAAUAAUAAUAAUAAAAAGAAACAAGAAAUUUUAGAUAAAAGUGAUACAGAUGAUGAUGAUGACGAUGAUGAUGAUGAUUCAUCAGAUAAUGAAGAUCUUGAUGAUUUAGGUGUUGGAAAUGAUACAAAUAAUAAUUUAAGUAGUAUUGUUGAUUCACUCGAUGGUGAUCCAUCAUUAAUUGUUCCACCAGAUUAUUCUAAUCCAGAUUAUGUUCAAAAUCUCGUUAAACCACAUCGUAAACGACGUACACAUUUACCAACUGAUGAUCAACCUAAAACUAUACGUUGUCCACAAUCUGGGUGUACAAAAAUGUUUCGUGAUACUGCAUCAAUGAAUAAACAUUUACAUACACAUGGACCACGUGUACAUGUAUGUCAUGAAUGUCAAAAAUCAUUUGUUGAAAGUUCAAAAUUACGUCGUCAUCAAUUAGUACAUACAGGUGAAAAAGCAUUUCAAUGUCCAUUUGAAGGAUGUGGAAAACGUUUUUCACUUGAUUUUAAUUUACGUACACAUGUUCGUAUACACACAGGGGAUAAACCUUAUGUUUGUCCAUUUGAUGGUUGUAGUCGGCGUUUUGCACAAUCAACAAAUCUUAAACAACAUCUUUUAACACAUGCAAAAAUUCGUUCACAUCAACCAUUUGCAAUUCCAGCUGUGGCUGUUACAAUUACAGAAAUUCAACCACAGUAUUGA